AUGCGGUUACUGAUUACUCAAAAUGAGAUCUUUGGACAAGUGAUAGCCACAACACCCAUUGAAGAAUUUACUGCCGAAUUCGUGAAGAAUUGGUGGCAAGGACCUUUACCGGCAUCAUUUCCGACCGACACUAUGGCAGUGCUAGCUCUAAUGACCAUGAUCGUGGAGCCAUUGGUGCAGUCAUCGACCACCAAUGGAAAAGGCAAAACUUUGAGGUCUUGCAAAAUGCACCGAGCAGCUGCACUUGCUGAGGAAGCUGAAGAGCCCAGCCCAUUGGCGGCUCUGCCCCCCGACACAUCAAUGGAUAUCAAAGGAUCGUUCAUGAACACAGAACCUGCGGCAACUGAAAACAAUGCCGAAGCUUGA